AUGGACGAGCAAAUGCUCAGCAUCAAGCACAAGGUCAAGCGCUACCUCACCGAGGUAGCCCAGUACAGCAGGAAAGACCCCAACUCACUCAGACACAUCGAAAACCCCACCUUCGGCAUCUUCUACAAGGUUCACAACUACGUCGUCUUCACCGUCAUCGCAGACAAGUCCUACCCGCUCAACUGGCAGGCGCCUUCCUCGACUCCCUCAUCACGCCCUUCUUCGACGAGGAAGAUCAAGGAGAAGAAGAGGGAGUUUGAAGACCCUGGCUCAGUUAAGAAUGUGGACCGCAUGAAACGCGAGCUCGAGGCCAUUCACAACAUCAUGAAGGAAAAUAUGAGCAUGCUGGAGGGACGGCAGGAGGAUCUACAGCAAACGUCUUAA